AUGGCCCCAACUAUUGUCCUCAUCACCGGCGCCAACCGCGGCAUCGGCAAAGGUAUCCUGGAACUGUACCUGAAGAAGCCAAACCACACCGUGAUCGCCGCGAACCGUGACCCGAGCCACCCAACCUCCAAUGCUUUGGCUGAUCUGCCUAAGGCUGAAGGCACUACUUUGGAGGUUAUCAAGAUCGAUGCUCUCUCGCCCACUGAUCCUGCUGCAGCGGUGAAGGCGUUAGCUGCUAAGGGAAUUACCCACAUCGAUAUCCUGGUCGCCAACGCCGGUAUCGCUCUUUCUUGGCCAAAGGUGUCGGAGGUCAAGGUGGAGGAUAUCCAGAAGCACAUUGACGUCAAUAUAUACGGCUUCAUCAAUCUCUACCAGGCUUUCCGACCCGUCCUCAAGGAGUCCAAGGCCCCCAAGUGGGUAACAAUCGGGUCCAGCUCCGCUUUCCUGACGGCGCUGAUAUUUCUAUACAACUUUAUCCCAAUGCAAAAUGCUGCAUACGCUCCCACCAAAGGUGCUCAGCACUGGUAUACCAAGGCAAUCUCCGCAGAAGAUUCUUGGUUAAAUGCGUUCCCUGUGGACCCGGGCUGGGUUCAGACUGAUCUCGGUAACCGAGGUGCCGAUGCUUUCGGGUUCGAGAAAGCCGCCGUUACCGUGGAAGACAGUGCUGCCGGCAUAGUUAAGGUCAUUAAUGCGUCUACGCUGCAAACCCACAGUGGAAAGCUGUUUAAGUUUGACGGCAAUGAGGAGCCUUGGUAG